AUCACACAAACAUGCAUUUUGUUUUCUUCUUAGGAAUUAAAUGGGCACAGGGGUUGAUGCAACGUUUAGUUUUAAAGUCAACCCAGAAGAGUCUCCUCUGGAGUACUCGCUCGGGUGGGUAGAUUUAUUUGGUUUUUCAAUUUGAAAUCUCACCAGAGCUUCAAUUGCAGUAAAAAAAAAUGGGGGGACUUGAGAAUAACCAUGGAGUCUCCAUCAGAAAUGGUCUGCUUAAAUCCAGCAAACCCACAUCAAACUUAGCUUGAAAAACCUUUCUUGGUAUUCUCAUUUACUCUUGGGUUGUUUCUUGGGUAGAACCAGAUGGGUUUCUUCCAAUCUCAUGAUUCAAGCGUAAAGUUGGAAUCUUGGUGAGAUUUUCCCUAUUUUCUCCAGAAAGCAUGAACUGGGUUUUCCUUGAAAUGAAGCGGAGAAGCUUGCUUUCUCCAUCAGAGCAGCCAUACUUCUUUGCUCCGCCACCGCCGCAGAAUCUUCAAUCCGGUAGUUUCAGUUUGGAUGAGAAGGUUAGUCCAAACGUCCUGCUCAUCAUUAUAAUUCUAGCCAUCAUUUUCUUCGUUUCUGGUUUGCUCCAUCUUUUGGUUAGAUUUCUGAUGAGACCUUCUACAAGAGAACCAGAAGAUUUUGAUAAUGUUACUGCUCUGCAAGGACAGUUGCAGCAACUAUUCCAUCUCCAUGAUGCUGGUGUUGACCAGUCCUUCAUAGAUACCCUUCCCGUUUUUCACUACAAAGCCAUCAUAGGAUUGAAAAACCCAUUUGAUUGUGCAGUCUGUUUGUGUGAAUUUGAGCCUGAGGAUAAGCUUAGAUUACUCCCAAAAUGUAGCCAUGCCUUUCACAUGGAGUGCAUAGAUACUUGGCUUUUGUCUCACUCCACAUGUCCUUUGUGUAGAGCUACUUUGCUCCCUGAUUUCUCUCCAAACAAUAGCUGCUCACCUAUUGUUCUUGUUCUUGAAUCUGGGAGUGAGAGCUCAAGAGAGCUUGUUGCGGAUAGAGAAAAUGGUGUCGGAAGAACCAAUUCAGCAAUGAGGACAAAUUCUUAUCUGGGUUUAAGUAGAGACAAUGAAUUGGGAUCAGCCCGUAGUGAUUGUGCUCGUAAAUCACAUGAAAUUGCUGCCAAAAAUGGUGUUAGUACUGCAGCGUUGGUUGAUUCAGGUGAAAAGGUUGUGCCUGUUAAGCUAGGGAAGUUUAGGAAUGUUGAUGGAGGUGAAAGUAGCAGUAACAAUGAUGUGGGAGCUAGAAGGUGUUUCUCUAUGGGUUCCUUUGAGUAUGUAAUGGAUGAGAAUUCUUUCUUGCAAGUACCGAUAAGAACCCCAAUGAAGAAACAGUCGAGCAAGAAGCCUUCCUUGCCAUUGACACCUGGUCACAGGCCAGCAAUGUCUGAAUGUGAUUGUGAAUCAAGAAGAGAAUUCAACGGCUUUGAAGCCUUUACAAAUGUCAAAACAAAUGGGAGUGCUAGUAGUGUCGGAGACAACAAUGAUAAGACUAUUGGAAGGAGCAAAAAGGAAAGCUUCUCAAUCUCAAAAAUUUGGCUCCGUGGGAAGAAGGAUAAGCAGAGUUUAUCAGAGGAAUCAUCAAGGAGGGCUUUCUCAUUCCGGUUUCCUACACAUCGAAAUGUUGCAGCUACUGCUGGUGAUGAUGGCAUGAAGGUGAAGAAUGCAAUUGAUUGUUCCAGGAGUACCAUUUCUGAGAUAGAGUUUGGAAGGUCAGAAAAUGGAGGCAGUGAAGUUGGUCUUGAUGAGGAAACUCAAAGCUACAACAGUCUGGAUACACAACCCAAAACACCAUCUUUUGCUAGGAGAACUCUGCUCUGGCUAGUUGGUAGACAAAAUAAGGUUGUUCAUUCAUCCUUUACCUCCAAUGUCUAGCUUCUUCUACUUUUUCUCUUAGGAUUCUUUUUCCAUGAAAAUUCUCUUCAUUUCCUCCAUUGAAAAGGCAAAAUUGGUUGAUCUUUUGGUGUGAAAUAGAAAGAAGAGAUCUAAAACCGAACUUUAUGCAUCAUUCACAGAACAUGUUUGUUCAGCGUUUACUAUGACACCUUAGGUGGGUAAAUUCAUUAUUCUUUCAUAGCUGUCUUCAGUUUCUUUCUUUCCAUGCCUAUUGUCCUCAUUGCAUUUCUUAAUUCUA